GAUAACUUUAAUUGAAGGUGUAGUGAAUAGUCUCUUCCUAUGAAAUGAAGCAAAACUAAGUGCUAUUUUAUUGUUGUUACGAGCUUUACGGCGUAACAAAGCAUUACGAGCUAAAUAAGAAUACUUACUUUCGUGUUUUACAUCCGUCCGCCAUUUUGACGUUGCGUUGGUUGAGUUCCUGCUACGCGCCAGUACUUGCUGGCCGCUCAGCACUGUGGGUAAACAUGUCGGCGUGCAGUACGUGUGCGAGCGGAUGACGAGGUGCAAGGUUGUGUUCUUACGGAAGAAAGCUUGCAUUUGCAUUAAUACAACGACUGUGUUCAUUUAUAAGUAUACGAAAACAGAAACUAGUAUCGAUUGCGUCAUAUACUCUACAGGUAAGCAGAUGCUGACAACGAAAAUAUCAGAGAUUAAACAUUUGAUAUAGAAAGUAGACAGAAUAACAAUAAAUUUAUAAAGGCUUGGUAUCUGAAAUUGAACACAGUUCUGCAAGCUCAGCGGUACGAAAUGGUAUUAUGUAAUUAGAUGCCAUGGAAGAAAGGUCCCAUUGAAGGUAGACUUAUAGAUAGAAUACUUAAUUAUAUGAAUUGGUUGAACAAUAGUAAUUACUGUGAAAUGUGACACAACAAUGUGUAGCAGUCCACCAGAACUUGUACAUUACUUGAAAGAUAGGCAUGAAGCCAAAAUAACAGAUGAUGUCAGCCCACCUGAACUGCUGCCAGAGGUAAUAGUAACACGAACCAAACGAAGGAAGCAACACUGUGAUGUGCCUAUUCCAAUAAAGAGACGGCGUGUACAGAAUGUUGCAUUCAAGAAUCUAAAAUUUUCACAAAAAUUAAAGAGAAAGUACCUGCCAAAUAAGUAUACACUUCGAUGCAGUUCAGCACCAGAUAAUUCUAGCACAUUAACUCGAAACAGACAAACUAACAAUGAGGACUUGGAUGAAAAUGUACAACAGCCACACAAGUCUCUGAAAGAGACAAUUUCUGGUGACAGUCUGCCUGCAGAAGACAAGCUUUCUUCAGUUGCUGAAGAAUGUUCACCAGUGUCUUGUGAUACAGGGGAUGCAAUGGAAAUGUCACAACUUAACUCAAAAGAACUUUGUGCUCCUAAUGAACCAGAACUGCAGGAACCACAAGAUGAUGCCAUGAAGGCUUCAUGUGAUACCACAGAAAAGGAGCAACAUCGAAAAGCACAUUGUUUCAACAAUGAAUCGAAACAGACCAUAGCUGAGGACACAUUAAGUAAUGAUGCCCAUAGUAAUGGAGAACCCCCUUUGCUAGAAGAAGCUCUCCAUUCAGAUUUCAGCAGUGAAGUCCCUGAUCUGCACUCUUCAGAUUUAGAAUGCCUUUGGAGUGAGGAAGAGUAUGAUGAUGAAAAUUUUUUUAAAACUCCAAAGUGUGUUAGUACAGGGAAAGAAGAACGUGAUACAAUAGAUGGAUACGAGUUCCUGUCAUUUGAAACUGAGCAUGACAUGGUGGAAUUCACAAAAAUAGAACUAGAUUUUAAAGGCAUAACUUUAAAUGAUGAAAACCACUUUCAGAACGACACAGGCCUGGAUGUAAUGUAUGAGGGCUACACUGACAAUGAAUCACAAGGAGCUAGUCAGGCCAUUGUGCCAACAAAAACGAAAGAUAUUACCAAGAUUAAGGGAUGGAGAACAAAACAGUUUCUUGUCAAUAACAACCCUCCUCAUGCGAGUCGAAGUAGCAGUUGCAGUAGUGCAUUUGACUGGGAGGAUAAAUAUGGGAGCAGUAGUGCAAAAUCUGUAACAGGAGAUGUGAAAGAGUCACAGAAGGACCAGCCAAAAAAUCUAGAUGAACCUGAAUGUGAUGAACACAUGCUGAAGAGAAUGUGUACUCCUACAUUUAGUAUUUCUGGAACAUCUCUAGACUUCGAAGAAUCACCUGUUGACAGAAGUGUUACAGAAAUUAAUAUGCAUGGAAAUGAUACAGUGAGUGAGUUAUCUCUGGAAUUACAGAUUGGAAGACAAAGCAAUUGUUAUCUUGCAGAAAAAACCAAUAGUCAAUACUCUGCAGCUGAGAAUGAUGUUUUUAGACCAUUUGAUGGUGCAUCCAUGGAAAUUUCGCAGGAUUGUGAGAAAUCUGCAUUUAUCAGUGAUGUCUUGGACAACUUUCUUACCACCCAGUCUGAAUUAAAAAUCAGUUUUGAGGUGCCAAGUCUUGCAGCAGAAGAAGCCAUCUCUUGCAAAAGCAAAGAAAAUGCUGUGGAACAGAGACAUAAUGUAUCAGAACAGUUGGAGUCUAAACACUUGAAGCAUGUGUCAGUUCCUGACAAAAGGAAAUUUACUGGAGAGAAAUUAAGAAAAGCAGAUAAAAAGUUGAUAAGUGAGAGUAAAGUAAAAUUAGAUGCUGGCGAUUCAGAUUCUCGAAGUACUUUUGAUGGACACAGUUUCUACAGGUCGGCAGAUAGGACAGAAAGAGGAAUAGAUGAUGCUGAUAUAAGUGAUCUGGAUGAAAUGGAAGCUGAACCACCACGUAGAAGACUGAGACGCUUGAGGCCAACUGAAGUUCCAAAUUAUAAUGAAGAUUCUGUGGACAGUGAUUCUGAAGGUGAAUCUCGUAGGCGACAGCCACACAGGAAGACUAAAAAGGUACCUUAUCUUAGAAGCAGUAGACGUAAUAAGAAGGACAACCGAAUGACAACGAGUGAGUCUGAAAGGGAUUCACAUACUGAUAGUUUAUCCUCUCUGAAAGAGAUAGGUGUCAAUAGUAAACCUAUUAGUAAUUUGAAAAAUGUAGUUAAAACAGAGAAAGUAUGUAUUUCAAAACCACCCAGUAACUGCAACAAAAAUACUGUAACUGGAUUACUUAAUAACAGUGGUGAAACUUGUGAUAUUUCAUUUUCAUUUAUUGCUGGAAUUGGUAAAAAAUUACCAGAACCUGUUAUACAACAGUUAAAUAAAAUUCGAUCAGACACGUACCAAAUAGAUGCAAACUGGGCUAAUUUUGCUGUUUCUGUACUACUCCCUGCCAAAUGGGAUGGUGUUAAUUUACCAAAACAGCGUAUUAUUUUACCAGCAAGAAAAACUGAGUUUAUAUUUGAAGAGAGACUGAAGGAGACCGAUCAUAGCCUAGGACACCAAAUGAAGGCUAGUUGUUCUGAACCUGAACAGAAACUAAAACAGCUAGUACCACACAGAAUUGCAACCAAGAUUUCUAAAGCUGCCAUUGAAACAUCAUCAAGGAAACUAACACUUUUAAAAGAAAAAACACGUUUCCCAAUGAAUAAUAAUCGCUCCACAUCUCCAGAUCCUGACUGCAUAAUUAUAGAGGAAUUUCAGAAAAAAGAAAAAACAACAAACAAGCCAUUAUGUAAAGAGACACAGCUGAACUUCAUUGGCAGUGCACUGCAGAUCAGCAAUGUAAAGAGUGAUAGCAGUGUAAGUCAGGAGGUUUGCGAAGUUGUCAGAAAUAUAUUGACUUAUGUGGCUAAUAAAGAAAAGGGAGAUCGAGUGCAUAAUGACCCAGACACCUCUUACAGUGAUAACUGUACUGGUUUUCAUCGUACUGUUCGACUUGUACGAAACUGCGAAAAGAAAAUUGAAAGUAACCUGGCAAGCAAGAAAAAGAAGACUGUGCAUUUAGUCCGUGAGAUGGAACGACUAGGUGUUAAUGUUAUCGAGAUGAAUGCUGGUCAGGAAACUGUAUGUGAAGAAGAUUUUUGCAGACUUGGUUGUGUUUGCAAAAGUCUGAAAACCUGUAAAUCUCUACCCAGAGGCCACUGUGGAGAAGUAUCAUGUAUGUUUGAUUGUAAGUGCAUUUCAGCAACAUCUUUCAACAAAGAGGAAGUCACAAACAAUAGACUUUUGUCACCUGACAUGUUACUUAGGCUGCAGAAUGAAGUAGGGCGAAACUUGGCAAAGAAAGAGAGAGAAUUUCACCAGACAGUUAUAAAGGGUGAUGAAGGUGUUAUUGUUGUUGGUGGAGAUGGUAAUAUCAGAAAGAAGAGGGACAGGAAACUUCCAGGGAGAUAUAGGGACUCUGUAUUGAUUUCUCAUCUUACCGUCCCUCAGAUUAAAGCACUUGCAAAAAAUGAAGAUGAGAGAACUAAAUCACGUUACAAGUCUGAUUCUUCAGAAAUUAAAGUAGUAGGCUCAAGAGAAGAAAAGCCCUCUCAAGAGAAAUAUCCCAUAGACAAGAUAAAAAUUGAAAGAACAGUGAGUGGCAAACUUCGUUCGCAUAGAAUUCCGUCAGAAAAAGUGAGUACUUCUGCCAAAGCACCAUUGCCAAAUUCGCCAGUGAUUAUUCAGUUGCCAACCGAUAUUGAGGCUCGCAUUGUUGAGGAAGGAGGGAUAUUAGCUCCAUGCAACCCAAAGCUUGUGAAUUCAAAUGCACCUAUUUUAGAAUUAGAGAAAGUGGCUGCCCCAAGUCGUCCUCCUCCUCCCCAGCUAUGGACACCCAAGAAAUCGGUGAUCACCAACAAUUCAGAGCCUGGUACCAAAACGAAAAAUGGUACUGUACCCAUUAGGUCACAGAUAUUGAACAACAUCUGCAUCAAAGAUUUAGAAAUAACUAAAGUUGUGAGCGAGGGAGAGUCAACUGCACAGCCAGCUGUCCAGGAACCUCAAAAUGAUGUUGAGAUCAAAGUAAUAGCUUGUGACUCCACUGCUGUUCCAUCCUCCACCGCGAACACCUCAUUGGAACCUGCAGUACAAGGCAGAGCUGCAGAAGUGUCAGUGAUUAAGAAGUCAGCAAAUGCUGAAACAAUUGCUCCUGAUGCAGCUGCAGAUUCGGAGUCUGGCGUGAUUGAGAAGCUUCACAAUGCAUUGAAAGAAAGGUAUGGAAUAGAACAGUCUUUUGUGUCCAUAAACAAGGUGAAAGGUAUAAAGAAAAGACCAUACUGUAUGGAGCAUGAUGAAUAUGGUUGUGAUUGUAUCAAGAGGAGAAUCCCUCCCAGUCCAUUGUGUGAGCUUAUUAAAUUAAACACUGCUAUUAAAAGACUAUGUUCCCCUCCUUUGUCUGCAGAGCAACGUCGACAGUUGGCGAUUCAAGCAUCAGAGCAGCAGACAAAAUCACGCAAUGUGGCUGUGAAGCGCACAACUCCUCUCAACACAGUUCACGUGCAUAAUCUACAGCGUGAUUCAGCAAGGACAGCAGGCAUUUCUCACACCUACCUUUCUAGACGUGUUCGCAGCAGUGUGAUACGUCUAAAUCGACGGGAACCAAAUCAGUGCCAGAACAAUGUAGGAAAGGUCACUGUGAAAUCUGAGAAGGGUUCAGAAGCUGGAAUUCAGAUUGCAGCUGUCACUACCCUCACCUUAGAAGAAUUCUGUGGACAGAAGCCCAGUGAGGAUGCAGAGUGUGCCACUACUUAUCAACAGCAAGGAAGUGUGAUCAAAGAACAGUUCCCAAAUGCAGUGGACACACAACCGUCUCUAACUCAACAAUCUCCAACUCAACUGUCUCCAGCACAGCAGUCUCCAUUGCAACAAUCUCCAUCGCAAUUGUCUCCACCACGACAAUCUCCAUCACAACAGUCUCCUUCUAAAAGUGAGUCUAGGAAGAAACAGCAGCUAGGUUCGAAGCUAAUAAGUCUUCUCCAAGGCAGCAGCAAUGAAUCUAGGGCAUCAAUUAUCAGUGAGGGUAAUAGUUUUCCAGACUUGAAUACAUUCCCUAAAGGUCAUAUACAAGUGGUAAACUGGAACUUCCUCAAGCAACUUUUUGAAAUGAACAACGUUUUCGUGUGGUUGCGUGUCCUUGAUACUGGAAUGAAACUUAUCAUCACACCAACUAAUAGACAACCAUCACCUCAGUUUAUCAAUCUUAAAAAAAUGCGUAAGCUGCAAGGUUUCCCAUCUGUUGUGCAAAAUCUUGUUAUCCCAGGUCGUAUUGAGAAUUCCAAAUAUGCAAUCUUAAGGUGUGAUGGUUCAUGCUGGCAAAUUGCCGGUACAAUAACAAACCGUGUUAAAGGUACACAGGGAGAACAAGCCGGAAUUCAGGCAGACCCAGAACUUGAAGAAGAUUUGCAGCCAUCUGAGACUGAGCAUUUGUCUCCUGAGGCAUGGACAGGUUCCGGGUUUUCUGUGCCCAAUGACAGAAUUCCCGAUGGGGGGCCGUUUUCUGAACUUCGUUCUAAGAUAUCGCCUGCUCGCUUCAAAGCAAAGAUGUUAGAAUUGCUGGCGGCAGGAGAAUCAACUGAUGGAGAAAUGCGAUUUGAACUGGCAGAUGUAAAUGUGAAUGAAGAAACGUGUUGUGUCACUCAGGGUUUGUACACUUUGCCUCGAGGAGCGGACAAAUUUCACUGGUUUUCUGUACCUCUUGUGAAGAAGUACGAUAUGGUGUAUGUGGCAUCCAAAAGGUGUGGUGUUGAAUAUGAAGAAAUGCUGGACAUGGUUUACAAGUCCAUGCGGGAUAAAGUGGCACUUUGUAAGCCUCUGCUAGAACGACGUGAAGGAUACGUCCUGGUUAAUGAUCUUUCGUGUCCAAAAUUUGGAGUUUAUGCCACGUUUGAAGCCCCGCAGAAAUUGUUGUUUGGUCCGUUCACAGCAACUGAGCAACAUCGGAUAUCGCUGCAUCGACUUGUCAUGCCUCCUAAUCCAGGACCAGCGCAAAGUGUGGGAGGCACCAUUCUUUCUUCGUUACAGAAGUCAUCUCGCACAAAUGUCAUACAUCGAACUCGUAAAGUGCCCUGUGUGUUGUAUCCAAUGAUGCCUAGUCUUGGUUACAUUCCUGCUGUGCGUCUACACACUGGUGAAAUCACUUUCCGUCACUUUUUCAUCAAGGAUCAAGAACUCAUGUUUCCCAACAUGGAUGCUGUCGACACAUGGCUCGAUAAGUUCCUGCAGUCUAGGAUUUUGUAUGUACCUAAGCAAUUAAGAGUAAAAUGGAAAUGUGUUCCUCUUGAAUGUUUUGAUCCAGCCCUCAAGAAAGUUUUUGACACAAAAAUCCUCAAUGGCAAUCAUGUGAUGACAGUCGUAGGCGUCUUUGAUUUGUAUGAAAUGAAGUACAAUAAUGCUGCAGCAUAUGGGCUGAAGAAUUCACUUCUGCACAAACUGAAAGAGAAGCUUCGUAGGCGAGAUGUUAUGGAAGGUUUCAAUGUUAUUGGCCGUGUGCUUCUUGAUCAAAGUGAUUCUGGCCAUAUGUCAAAGUUGCAGCUUCUCAGGAAAGCCAGAGAAGAAAUUAGACAACUUGAGGCAGAUUUUGUGAAACUUUCAUUUGAAAAGAAUCAAUUGAAGAACAAGAAACAGUCUUUACUGAAACGUAUGUACAAGGAUGUGAUGCGCAUGUCAUACAAGGAAGAUGUAGAAAAUAUAGUCAGUGAAUUGAAAAAAGUGUGGGAGGUGAAUGACAGUCCACCUGUUGUGGAGUUAACUGAAAGUGAAGAUGCUGAUAAUAAAGAAAAUAUUUGCAAAGUCCCAUUGUUUUUAUCACGCAAUACUGAAGGCUCAACAGAUAAAACAGAUAGAAAUGAUGCAGUUAUUGACAUUGCCAGUAGUGACAGUGAUCUGGAUGAUUACCUGUCAGAUGAUCAGAUGAUGCCAGAAACUGGACAAAAUGAUGAAAGUGUGCAGAAUAAAAACUCUGAUCCAAACAAAAAUAAGGGAAGUGGAAAGUUCCAAACUCACUCUUUUAGUGCAUGUGAAGAUCAGCAGUUGUGUAGUUCAGGUUCAGAAAAUAUAAGUGUUAAAUUAGAGAGACAGUGCAGCACUCUAGAUCUUAGGACAAUAGACCAAGCUUCCAGCAGUGUUGAAGAAAGAAAGCUUGGAGAUUUAGAACAAACUACACUGAGUGUCAGUAAUCUUAGUAGCAAGAUCAAGAGUGCCUUAAAUAAAACCUCACCGAGUGCAUUAAAUCGGGACCAAAGAAAUGGUGUGGAAGUAAUCAGUCUAUCAGAUGAGGAAAGUGGCUUUGGUGAUAUAAAAAAUUCUUGUUCCACUAAUCUCGAAGUGAAUCCAGAAACGUACCAAACCUGUCACAAAGAAGUGCCAAAUGUUAGUAGUGCAGAAAAGCAUAUCAUAAUUUAUCCUGAUGUACAAACAAAGUCGGUAGUGAAUAUGUUGGGACUACAUAGUAAUGUGGUAAAUUGUGAGCCAAUGCCAUCUUCCUUAUUAAAUGGGAUAGUUGCCUCCAGUAGUUCAGGUGUGAAUAUACAGCAAGAUUUGAAUCCGCCAACCAUUGUGCCAGUCAGUGUUUCACGGGAUAGGUCUUCUGGGCAGUGUAUAUUUAAGAUCGAAGGAGGGAAACUGUAUGUGAAGGGUAAAACUGGAGAAACAAUACCAAUAGUUCCAGGACAGAUUGGAAGUAUACCAACACCUGUUCUGACACUUCCUGAAACUGCUACACCUGCACUAAAUUAUUCAGUAUCACCUCCAACAUACAGUGAUGCACGUGGACAAAUCCUUUCUGUACCUUGUGCAAGUCGUGAUGAUAAUUUUGUGCCAUCUUCAACAGUGUGCCAAGCAACUUCUUCUGUGAGCAGUGUUUCAAGCUGGCAUGUGCCUUGUGAAUCUCCUGUGAUAUCUGAUGCAAUCCAGUCCAAUGUAUUACCUCAGUCCCCAGAUACACAGUAUUUGAGUCCACCCUCUGUCCCAGUAUAUACUUCACCUCAGAUGUGUAAAUCUACAGAGACCGGGAGUGAACCUGUGUCACCAGUGAGUUUAAAGUUGAACAGUACACUUCCACAUCUCAACGUAAAUAGUGUGUCAACCUUAAAUUCUGGAAUAUUACAAGGUUCUAUUUUUACACAAGCUGGAUGGACAACAGAUAGUAUGUUGGCUACAACUGGUAAUUCAGAUGCUGUAAAUCACAGUGAAAGACAAUAAUACAUCUUGCAUCUUUUGAAGUGUUGUGUACAUUGUGUCAUUCUUCUGAAGUGUGAUGCUACUGUCCAGCAAAAUUGCUGCAGUUGAAUACAAUUCCCCAGUAGGUGAACACUAUGAUAAAGAGAAGUGGUACAGUGUGGUACCUGCAAUGAAAAUUUCUGUGAUGUCUGUAAUAUAUAGAUUUUGAUUGUUAAUCUUUUCUUCAAGGUAUCUGUUCAUACACAUGUUUAUGUGCUUCAGAAUAUUAUUCUGUUAUUGUGUGAA